GCUCCGCGGGUCUCAGCUGGGGCGCAGCCCGCUGUGGCCGAGCCGGACACGGCCGUCCUAAGGACUCCGGGCACCCGGCUCCUUGUGCUCCUUCCCCGCCCUUGCUCCAGUGGGGCCAGAGGUCUCUGCGGCUCCCUGACCCUGUCCUUUUCGUCUGUUUGGAAAUGUUGCUAGUGGUUUACUUAAGAGAAACAGGAAGGAAAAAUGCUCCCCGAAUGCCAGGGAAAUGUUUUCCAUCAGCUUCUCAGCAAAUCUUCUCCUUAAAAGGCGACGUGUUCUCAGCCUCCUGGUGCACCACCGGGAGUGGCCAAUGCCAUGCAGGGCCACAGUGUCCUGGGGACAGGGAGGGGCCGCAUGCGGCCUGGGCCGCGGGAGCAAGCGCAAGCGCGUGACCGUCGCUUCCGCGCUGUCACACACACCCGCAGUGAGGACACCGGGGUCCGUCCGGCUGGGCGGGACUUGCCACUGGGGACAAGAGAGGACACACGCCUCUCAGGGCCCUGUGGCCCCUUGGACAAGACAGCAAGGCUCCGACCCUCCCCAGAGCACGCAGAGGAAGACUGGGCCCUGAGAGGGCUCAGGAAGCCCGGGGGCUCUGCCAUGCCCUCAGAUGCUCCACCAGGAGGCUGGGCGGCCAGUUCACUCCCUGCCCCCUACCCUUCUCCUGACCCUGGUCUCUGCUACUGAGUCGCAUGCCGCCCUGCCAGAAAGCCUGAAGUGGCCUGGAAAGACGAUCUGUGCCCACAGCGCCAGGCACGAGGGACCAGCCCAAGGGAUGCACCUGCAGCCUGCGCCGGUUCUGCCCUGCUCACCCCCCGCUGCGUCCAGGCCCCAUCUGACCCCCGCCUCCCCACCUGUGCUCUAGGCGCACCCCUGCCUGUGCCUCCCCUCGACUCACACCUGGCUAGGACCAGCCCUGAGCUCGCCACACAUGCUAGGCCUCGACUUCUGGGUCGAGAGGACUCUACUAUCACACGUGUGGGGAUGCGGCAUGAGGGGGCCCGGGCUGAAGACGGCUGCCUGACCUCCUCUUCGUCCUGCUGUCCAGGAGCCGCGUCAGCAAGUGACGUGAGGACCACGCAGCAGAACCAGCCUAUGGGCAGCUGGUGCCGGAGCAGCAGCGGGAACUGGCACAGGACAAGAUGCCACUGAGGCCACACCAAGGCCCACUUGGGGACUCUGCCUCAGGAAGGGUGUGGCACCCUUGUGCUGGCAAGUCCAUUUCCAGGAAGACUAGGAGCCCUGGAAGGGCGUGGGCUGCGACGUCUGUGAUCAGAAGGCCUCCGUCUCCCCACCCUUCUCCCCCGCUGCUGUCCGUACCUGUUCUGCAAGCAACGGGGCAAACAGGCAGGUGCACACCAGGCCCACCAAGCUGGACUUUUCCAAGCUGCUUCCCCCAAGCUCCCCUGUCCCCAUCAUCCAGGGAGGGCCUGGGAGCCCUGGACCUCUGUGCAAUCUGGAACGGGCCCCUCUCCCAGGCCAGCCAGUGCAGAUUUCCGCACAGCCUGGUCACGGGGUCUUCUUUCCUUCAGUCCCACAGGCAGGCAGUGACGAUGGGCACUGACGCAAAGUUACAGGCCCGGGCCCCUGUGUGGGAACGGUCUUGCAAACCCUGCCACACGGGGCCCUCCCACCCCAAGUUCUGCCCUGGCCGCGGCAAACCAUUUGGCCCUUCUGAGGGCUGGAAGUGGCCCUGGCCCAGCCCCGUUCCUCUGCCCUCGGCAGCAACAGGCCAUGUGAUGCCUGUCCCUGUGGCCACAUCGGGGGAGAACACAAGAUCCCAUGCACCCCACCCCACUGGCACUGAGCUCUGGAGCAGGCUCUGUCCAGCCACGGCCCAGACGGCUGUCUGGGGGCCGCACGGCCGGGCUCCUCCUCUCUGGCUCUCCCCCUAUACUGCUCACUGGGACCCCCAGGGUGGCAGCGAAGGGACUGGAUGGUGGACACAAGGCUGUGGCCUGCCACAGGGCCGGCUGGCACCCUGGGCGGGGGCGGGGAGAACAUGGCCACAGGCACACAUAGAGACCUCCCAACAGAACCCUGCGCGCCACUCCUGGUCGAACGGGUGGGCUCCGAGGCCAGACCAGCCAUCUGGGAGGGGCCCAGGCUCCACGGAGAACAUCUUUCUACUGUGUCCUCACCUCACCCUCCCCUCCUCCCAACACCUUUACCACCUCCGCAGCAGUCCCCACGGCCCACACGUGCUUGGCCUGACACAUACCACCAGUCCCACCGGGAAGGCCCCUCGGGCUGUGAGCCGGCACCGCCACAGAACCCACCGUGUGAGCAAGGGGACACAAGGGCGCAGGAGUGACGCAGCCCGACAGCCACAGCAGGGGUCUCCCCUAGGGAGGCAGACACACCAGGAGAGAAGCACCUGCCAGGAGCGCCGGGAACACUCGAGGGCCCCGUGCUGACGCUCCCCACCGAGAGCCGGCCCCCACAGGCAGAUGUGGGGUGCCCCGGACCCACGCUCCAGGAGCAAUCGGUAACUGCCAGGCAUACAGCGCAGUGCCGGGUUCCGGCGCGGAAUUCGGGGAUUCCGCACCGACAACAGCCAGUGCUCGGCGCAGCCGGUGCCCUCCCGGACGCCCACCGCAGCCAGCCCGGCCCCCGCCGCCUCCAUCCGCCUCACGGAGAGUCUCCCGCGCUCGGCCUCCUCCUGUCUCUCUCCCGUGCCCUAAGCUCAUCUGUCCCGCCCGUCGCGCUCCACACGAGUGAGCUCACACGAUCGCGGGCUCUCUCCGGCGGACGUCCUUCCACGGAGCACACCCUCGGGCUCCAUCGAGCCCCGGUUCGGGCGCUGUGCUCGGCUCGGCGUCCGCUCGUCCCUCGCCCUGCGCUCCUGCCCCCGCUCACGGCCGUGCGCCUCCUGUCUCAGACCGAUCAAUCGCUCGAUCAA